AUCAACGUUAAGCAGCCCUCGCCCGGAGAAGAUGGACUAUAACAAAAUGAGAAUGGCGGCUGCCGAGUAUUUCCGGAGGAACGGAGUUCCGGCGACAUUACAGAGGCUUCUGAAUGAGUACUUCGUCCAUGAGCCCCCGGACAUUCAUGGCUACCUGGCUAAUUGCCUUUUGAAACUGUCUACACCACCGAAGAUCAGUGAUCUGAGAGGAAGAGCCGUUUAUUUAGGAAAUGGACAGCUUAUUGUUGAGGCAGAGGUUUUCUGCAUCGUCUGUAACAACGAAAAGCGCAUGUCAUCAGCAGCUGUCCUCAGUACCUUUGCACCAGUGGGAGCUGAAGAGAGUCAGAGGAGCUCUGAUUAUGUGGAGAUUGCUCUUCAGUGGAUACAUGAACCGUUCAGGAGACUGCUACUGGACCAGAAUCCAUGUGAUCAAUCUCAAAUUGAUCAAAUGCUGGGCGAUUUCUUCACGUCCUACCGUGAGGAGGAGAAAGCAAGGCGUGACAGGCUGAAGGCUGAAGCCAAGGAACUCGAAGCCGUGACUCUCGUGCCAGUAACGCCAGCAAAAGAAAAGAAGAGUAAAGGCAAAAAGACCAUUGUUGACGAGAAGCUAUUUCCUCCACCAGAGCUGCCAGAGCCAGUUCUGCUGGAAGGCAUGGCUGUUGGCUCAGUGUCCCUGGCUGUAGCUAAAUGUGGGGCAGAAAUAAAGGGAAUGCCUCUUUACAAAUAUAUAUCAGCUCUGAAGAAUCAAAAGGAACCGGCACAUUUUCAUGUUCCUGUACCCUGGAUAACUUUGCUCAGCUGUGGGAAGAAAUCCCCUGGAAAACUCUGCUUACUGGAAGAAAUUAUUCUCAUCUCCAAAGUGGGGCAUCCAGUCAAACAGAGUGUCACCUUGGCCCUUGAGUUGCAGAAGGAGAUGAUAAAACUGAUGAGCACGUCAGGAAAAGGCGGGAUCACCCUGUCCUCGGUGUCGCACCACGGCGUGCUCACAGCGAGUUGCGAUCGGCUGGAACAGCCUCUAGAUCUCAUCACUGACGCCUGCAGGAACCUUAAAGUGCCUCUGGGAGUCGAUGUCUUUUUGGCUCUGAACUGUGCUGCCCCGAAACUUAUGGACUAUUCUAAGGGAAAGUAUGAAGUAGCGACAGGAGGCCUGAAGUCUCCGGAUGAAUUGAUUGAGGUGUAUCUCAACCUCACCAGCAAAUACCCGGCAGUGGUGGCCAUAAUCGAUCCCUUCAGGAGAGAAGAGGCAGAGCAAUGGGAGAAACUCAGCAGUAGGAUUGGGAUUUCAUGUUCACUGCUGUCUGACAUCACACACAAACCACAGGAUCCAGUCCUGCCAGGCGUCAAUGGUUAUGUCUUCAGACAUGCCAACGAGACAACGGUCAGCGACAUCAUCCAUGCUACAGUCUCCUACCAAGGUGCAGUGGUGAUGGAUACGAUGUUCAGUGAAUCGUGCAGUAGUGGAUCCUUUGCAGACUUAGCUGUGGGACUGGGGCUGGACUAUGUCAAACUGGGAGGUCUGAGUGGUGCUGAGACGAUGGCUAAAUACAAUCGCCUAACAUCCAUAGAAGAAGAACUGGCCCAACAAGGACUGCUGGUCUGCAAGGAACCGGAACCGCCGCUCUUCAGCAAAGAGCCAAAGGAAGAGCCGGCUUCAGCAGAGGAAACCAAAUGACUCAGCCAACAGUCCGGCCUGCUUGUUUAAACAAGCCUUGAAAAUGUGCCACACUAAUCAGUUCCAGUUUUCCUGUUCUUCCUUGUUAGCACUAAUUAACCACACUAUUAAUCUGAAUGUUCUUUUAGGCUUUUUGUUUUUUUAGCCUACAUAUGAAACCCAGUUCAAACCACUUCUGAUAAAGCAAGAGUAUAAAACAUCUGCUUUAUUCAUGUGUUCAAUAAAAGACCACACAAAAUGUUCAAGCAUAUCAACAGCCAAUAAACUGUAAGCGAACAGUGCAGUGAAGAUAGAAAAUAACAGUUCGGUUCUCUUUGGAAACAUCAUUUAUGAAUUUAUUUUGCAGCACAUCAAACAUGUUAUGAGUGAUGUAGAUGAAAACAUUUAUUUGAAAAUAAAGUUUUAAACGCUUCCAGUGA